CUUCCGUCUCAUCGAAUGUAAUCACAUCAUUUCUUGCCCGCCCCGCGUUCACGUACCCUGCCAUAUCUCUACGUCUAACUUUAGCCAUCGUUCCCUCGCUCCGUUAGUCUAACCCUGCUUCCAUUUGCUCGUGUCAUUUCUGUUUCAUUCGGAAUGGCGAGUGUUGUAGCCACGAGGCGCCUGGCUCCUCUUGAUUGGGCUCGUCAUGAAAGCACAAUUCGUCAACUCUAUGUGGGGGAUGAUAUGGGCCUCUCUGCGGUCAGAAACAAAAUGGCCAACGAAUUUGGGUUCCAUGCUAGCAAGUCCCAGUUCGAGACGCAACUCAAGAAAUGGGGCUUGCGCAAGAAUCACACGAGCGCAGUAUGGAAAAUCAUCGCUCAUAAUUUACAUCACCGACAGUUGGUGGGAAAGAAAACAGCCGUGUUCUUUGAUGGCCACCUCAUACCCGACGUCAGAGUACAGCGGGAGAUAUCACGCCAUGGCUCUCUAGCGAUUCGGAAACGUCAAAGUCAAGACUGCCACUCGCCUGUGCCUCGGGUUCCACCCCGAUUUUCGCUCCGCACGCCACCACCUGAAAGGGUUGACCCGGUUGAAAAUAACAAUUUGCCAACCAUGCAGCUGUUUCAGUCUCUUGAUAGUUACUAUAAUGAUCAGGGACCAUACAGACCGCCUCUCACUCGCCCGGCAUACAUCAAUCCGGAGCUAUUGACCCGGGCUGGCGAUUUUGCUAGCGAAUCCUGGGUGCCGUCUGAAAUGGUGCCAUUUUCAGAGCCCCUAACUUCGCAACUCGUGCGUGGAGACCAACUUCCAAUCUCAGAACGACGCCUCCAGGCAAUCUUGCCACUAGCCUUACAUACUUCCAAUCUCAUUGGACCCUCGGACGAGGUUUCAAUGGCAAUUCAGGGAUCUCCAUUUUUAUAUACCCCGCACGCGAAGCUGCUCCUAUUCGGCAUAGCUAAUAACUUUGCCGGCAUGGAGGAUCUCUCGUAUUCCGACGUCUGGAAAUCCUUGAAAGCAAAAGCAGGGGCAGAACUUCUCAAGUUUCUCCACCAACUGCCUCCUAGCAGCCAAGCUAGCAGAGCAGUUGUGGAGAAACUGUUCCAGUGUGCCAUUGAGGCCGAUGACACAGCAGCUGUUGAGAUUCUCCUCAAGUCUCCAGAGAUCAGAAUCAAUGCAAAUGAGGUUGUCUGCCGAAGUCAUGAACGUGGAACAGAGACCGCUCUUGAGUUCGCUGCCUCUUGCAGGCAGAUCCAAAUGGUCAGCGUUCUCCUUUACCAUGGUGCCGAUGUCAAUAAGUCCAUUGAAUCGUUCGAUCAUUAUGGACGGAGGCACAGUGGUGCUCUCGCACGUACUCUAAACCGGCGAUACCAUGGUGGCCCUCCUCCUCCUCCUCCUCCUCCUCCUCCUCCAACCAGAAACGUGGCGGAAGAUCGGACAUUCCAACUCGUCGAUCUCCUCUUGCGUCAUGGCGCUGUAGUUGACACCUCGAUUAUCAGCUUGGCCUUGUACUCUGGCUCCCUUACCGCUCUCGAACGGCUUCUCCUUACUGGCGGAGCUGAUGAUCAUAUUGAGUGGGCCAAAAGCGGGAUAUUUCACAGAGCAGUUGCAUUUAUGGGCAAUGAAGCAGCAAUCAGACUCUGUGAAGUACUUGUCCAAAAUCGCCUUGUUUUGGAGAUUCUACGUGAGGAGUCUAUAAAAUCACCAUUUUGGAAUUUCCACGAUAGUUGGCCGACACAUUUUCUUGAUGUGGUAGUAUUUCGACAAAAUAUCAGUGUUGCUAAGAUGCUCCUUGUCGAAUAUGACUUCUAUAUGACCGAAACUACUCUCACUUUUGCAAUCCAGAGUGGAGGUAUGGAGUUGGUGCAGUUUCUACUUGAAAGAGGAGCCAUGGCAGAUCCAGCCCCAAUUGCCACUUAUCAUCUCCUACCGAAGAUAUCAUAUAUGGCUACUCCAUUAUCCGAAGCCAUUCGGUUCAAAAGAGCGGGAAUAGUGAAGUUGCUAGAGGAACAUGGAGCUCUCCGUCAGAUAAAGGAGGCCACUCGAUAUCAUGCCGCAUUGGUGGCCACUUUUCACGCUGGCAACGUCGGUAUGGCCAAUCGACUACUUGAACUCCACGGCCCCCAUACACCUGAGAUACUGGGCUAUGGCCUGGUAGAAGCCAUUCGGUCGAACCAAAGUAAGCUUGCCCUCAGACUGCUCGAACUGGGAGCCAGUGAGAGCUCCAGCGAGACAGUCGAUGCUUUGAGUUUGGCCAUGCAAAAAAGGGAAUCCAAACUAAUCAGGGCGCUUCUUGAUUCACCUGACAUUGAUUUUGCGGCUCGCUACGCAACGCAGUUUUCGCCUUUAUUCGAAGCUGUCAAACGUGGCGAUCGCUCCCUUGUCAUGGAAUUAAUCAUGGCUGGUGCGCCUGUUAACGCAGGUACUGAUUCAAUAACACCGCUAAUCAUGGCGGUCAGAGCCAACGAUAGGGAGCUGGUUGAGCUUUUAUUGAGAUUUGGGGCGUCGGUCAAUUUCUCGGUUGGGGGCGAUGACCCAAGAUAUGAAAUCGACGAGGCAUUCGAUGACAUAGUCUCUUCGAAUGAGAACGAAGUCGACUCUGGAGAGAAUAAUAUCGACGUCGAUUCAAGAGAGAGCGAUAUCGAUUCAUAUGAGAAUGAAGUCAAUUAUGGGGAGAAUAACGUCAAUUUUGGGGAAGACGACGUCUAUUCGGAUAACGACAUAGAUUCGGAUGAAGGCAGCGUCGGUUCGGAUGAGGACGGCGUCAGUUCGGACGAAGGCGACGUCGGUCCACCUCCCAUUGAAGUUAUGACUCCACUAGUUGCUGGCAUCAUGAACGGAGACAUCGAUAUGAUAUCAUUCCUGCUGUCCAACGGAGCAGACCCUUCCGAUGCUAGUGCAUUGGCAGAGGCGGUGUAUAUGAAGAAUCUAGAAAUUAUGGAUGUUCUGCUGGACAAGUUCCGCGAGAGUUAUCCUCGAGGCAAGGCUGUCUAUGGCCUUGAGGCAAUGCGGAUUGCAGUUCGUCGCGGAGAUCUACCUCUCGUUGCCAAGCUCCUGGCGAAUGGAAUUGGCACACCGCUUAUAUCUGCACUUGUAGUAAAGCAUCCAGAGAACACUGCAGCAAGUUUAAAUGCCAUCGUCUACCGCAGAAGGUGGGACUCAAUACACGGCAUUGGUAAGGUCGAGAACGAGACAGCGCUGCUGGUGGCUGUCAAGGUUCAAAAAAUCGACAAAGUACAACUACUCGUAGAGAUGGGCGCAGAUGUUAAUCGCUCAACGGUCCUUGGCGUGAAGAGAACGCCGUUGCAAAAAGCCGCCGAAGUGGGAGAUUUUAGGAUUUCCGAGUACCUUAUCAACCGGGGGGCGGAUUUCGCCUGCAUUUAUGGAUAUGCCGGUAUCGUCGAUCUGUUGCUACAAAAUGGUGCCGACCUAGACGCUGCACCGGCGAGAUCCGAGGGCAGAACUGCACUAGAAGGAGCCGCCGAACACGGCCGUCUUGACAUUGUGGCCAUAUUGUUGAAUGCUGGCAUUAAGGUCCAUGGAGAUCACCGUCCGCAGUUUGAGCGAGCUAUUGAGCGUGCUCAAGAGGCUGGUCAUUUCGCUGUAGUGGAUCUCUUGGUUAGUGACUCAAGGCCCAGCCAAAAGCGCGAGCCGAGGGAUCCGGAUGAUGGGGGUAGCUGUUUAGUUACGAGUGAAAGUGGUUUUGGAGAAGAGUUUAUUUGUUGGGAAUCUUAA